CACACACUAGAAAUUUCAAGAAAAGAGAAGAAUGGAAGUGGAGAGAGUGCAAGCCAUUGCUUCACUAUCCAAGCUAUCAAACACCAUCCCUUCCCAAUUCAUCCGGUCCGAAAGCGAGCAGCCGGCGGCCUCCACCCUCCACGGGGCGGUCCUGGAGGUCCCGGUGAUCGACCUCGGGGGUGCCUCGGACGACGAGAAGACGACGAGGCUGAUAAGCGAAGCAAGCAGCCAGUGGGGGAUUUUCCAAGUGGUGAACCACGGAAUAUCUGACGAAAUCAUCGCGAAACUGCAACGAGUUGGGAGGGAGUUUUUCGAGCUUCCGAGGGAGGAGAAAGAAUUGGUUGCGAAAACCGCAGAAUCUGGAAUCGAAGGGUAUGGAACAAGCUUGCAGAAGGAGAUUGAAGGGAAGAAAGGUUGGGUUGAUCAUUUGUUCCACAAAAUAUGGCCACCUUCAGCUGUCAACUACAAAUUCUGGCCUAAAACCCCUUCUUAUAGAGAAGCAAAUGAGGAGUACGCGGAGAAGCUUCUAGAGGUUUCGAACAAACUGACGAGAUGGUUGUCGCUAGGGUUAGGGCUGGAGGAGGGGGAACUGAAGGCGGCUAUGGGCGGCGAAGACACCAUUUAUCUGAUGAAGAUAAACUACUAUCCACCAUGUCCCCGCCCCGACCUCGCCCUCGGGGUGGUGGCCCACACCGACAUGUCCACAAUCACCAUCCUCGUACCUAAUGAAGUUCAAGGCCUCCAAGUGUUCAGGGAUGACCAUUGGUAUGAUGUCAAGUACAUACCUAAUGCCCUCAUCAUCCACAUUGGAGACCAAAUUGAGAUACUUAGCAAUGGGAAAUAUAAGGCUGUGUAUCAUAGGACCACAGUGAACAAGGAGAGGACAAGGAUGUCUUGGCCUGUGUUUGUGGAGCCUCCUCCUGAGUUUGAAUUAGGCCCAAUUUCAAAGCUUGUGAAUCAACAAAAUCAAGCAAAAUACAAGACUAAGAAGUAUAAAGAUUAUGUUUAUUGCAAGCUUAACAAGAUUCCUCAGUGAUUUCUUCACUCUACGACCUUUUGCUACACCCAAAUAUAUAUAGUGGGGAAUAAUCUUGAUUCAUGUGUCUGCGAUUGUCUAGCGAAAACUCCGUUCUUCAAUCUAUUCUCAACUUUCAGCGUUUUUCA